AUGGCUUUGGCAAGAAUGGGUGGACGAUUCCAAGCCUUUGCUCGGAGCUCCCAUGAAUCUAGUCCCAACCAUAAAAAAGAGCCCUGUGCUGGACAAAAUGUUGAAAUUGGACGUGUUGUCGAAUGGUUAAGAAACCUUGGGUUAUCCAAGUAUGUGGAGGUUUUUAUCAGAGAAGAAGUUGACUGGGAAACCUUGCAGUGGCUCACUGAAGAGGAUCUGUUGGGUAUCGGGAUCACCUCUCUUGGACCAAGAAAGAAAAUUAUCCAUGCUCUAGGAGAGUUACGGAAGAAACAUGAUGAUCCCAGUGAAGUGGAAGAUGUCGUGUUAAAUUCAGAAAAUACUAAGAAGACUAAAGUUCCGAUGAAUGGUAAUAAAUUAAUUACUGAAUACUUUCAAUGUUCCUCAUUUGAUCAAAGACAAAGAAGGGCAUGCAAAGUCAACAAGCCAUCUAAUCUGAACGAGAAGAAAAUUUCUAGUGCUAAAAUACCCACUAGAAGAAGUGCUGGUAAAGGAAAGGUUAAAGAUACACCUCUUUGGUGUUGCAUCCCAGGGACCCCUUUUCGAGUGGAUGCAUUUCGCUAUUUGAGAGGCGAUUGUUCCCACUGGUUUCUCACACACUUCCAUGUGGAUCAUUAUCAAGGCUUGACUAGAAGCUUUUGUCAUGGGAAGAUAUACUGUUCGUCAAUUACAGCGAGUCUUGUGCAUCAUAAGAUUGGUAUUCCAUGGGAUAGAUUGCAUGUAUUGACCCUAAAUGAAAAGCACACUAUUGCUGGAAUUAGUUUGACAUGUUUUGAUGCCAACCAUUGCCCUGGAUCAAUCAUUAUUCUUUUUGAGCCUCACAACGGAAAAGAAAGACUGUUUAUGGAGGUUGCUCGUUUGCUUCAGAAGAAAAUAUAUGUUGGAGCUGCAAAGCUGCAAAUAUUGAAACAUUUAGAGCUUCCUCAGGAUAUUAUGCACUGGUUUACAGCCAAUGAAGCAGAAAGUCACAUACAUGUUGUCCCCAUGUGGACUCUAGCAAGCUUCAAGCGGAUGAAAUAUUUAUCAAAUCAAUAUGCUGGCCGGUUUGACCUCAUAGUGGCGUUUUGUCCUACUGGUUGGGCAUUUGGCAAAGGUAGGAAAAAGACACCAGGCAAAAGGUGGCAACAAGGAUCAAUCAUCAGAUAUGAAGUGCCCUACAGUGAACACAGCAGUUUCACGGAACUGCAACAAUUUGUCAAGUUCAUAUCACCAGAGCACAUAAUCCCGAGUGUAAACAACGAUGGCCCUGAGAGUGCAGAUGCUAUGCUUGCCCAGCUGUUAAACGAGUAG